AUGAAUCCUAAACAGAAGAUGGGCUUCACCAAUGACAUUUCACAAAUUCCUGCUGUGAUCCAUCACACCAAAGCACAUCUGGGCUUAAGGCACACUGAGCUGUGUCAGUGGAGGUCCAAGAUUGAGGAGUGUGCCAGCAAAGUUCAGCAGGAAACGUGUCAGAUAGUUCAGAUGAUUGACAGGGCUGAGAGCUGCCUGGCUCAGCAGCAGCUGUACAGUGGACUGCUGGAGGACUGUGUGUCUCUGUGCAACAGCAUCACUGUGGACCAGGUCAAGCAGCACGCCACGGCCGCAGAGAUCCGCAAAGAACAGGCUCUCGGCACAGAGACCAGAGACUCGCUCCAAAAGCAAAUACUGGCACUGAAGGACAAGCUGAAUUCCUUGAAGAACGUUCACUGCCAUCUCUUAUCCGACCAUCAGGACAAGACCGACGCCAUUAGACUCACCUCGAAAUGCAUAACGAUUAUUUCCACCGCACCAGCAAUUCCACCUUCAGCAGUGAAAAACCAGCCAGGCCAAGUGAGCUAUGACCACUGGCUCAACCACUGUAACCAGCUGAGAAUGUGGGCAGAAAAGCAGGUUCAGGAGGCUUCAUCGUUCAGAGCCAACAUGCGCUUCACUCUCAGCCAUUUUAAAGUGGCUCACGAUUGCCGGCGCCAGCAAGUGGAUGCAGCUUUGAGGAAAUCUGUUCAUAACCUAAAGAAAGAAGAGAUUAAUCUUCUUUGGGAGCGUGACAAUCUUCAAAAAGAAAUUGCAAACAGGAAGAAAUCUGUCCAGAAUAUUUCUAAUCAGAUGCAAAACUGUUACACAAAGCUUCACCAGGCCAGUCACUGCUUGAACUUACUCAACUACAGGCCUGGAAAGGAGCUCUGCAUGGACCAGCCAUUUGUCAGUCUUACCCAUGAGAAAGGCGACCUCACCAACCUUGCAAUAGGAAUUCGUCCAUUUUUAAAUCGCUCUCAGCAGAACUUGGAGCUCACAAAGUGCCACUUGAGGACAGUGGAGGAUAAACUGGCCAAAACCACACAUGCUCUUGACAUAAUGUACAGAUGCCAAAACCGCCGCCACAGUUUGCAGCCGCAGCACCUCACCACGGCUGUGAUGAUCAACAGGCCUUGGGCAGGGAUGGCUCUAGGCAGCUCUUUCUUCCAUUAA